AUCCGUUAGAAUUCGGCUGCCAUAGAGACGACUGUAACAGGAGUCAACAUUAGGCUAAGACCAGUGAACAUACAUGUAGCUAGCAAGAUUGCUAGGCCAUCUAGCUAUAUUCGUCUUAUCCAUUAUUUUACAGCAAACUCCUUCGCUGUGAUCACACCAUGUCUUACAGGGAUUUAAGAAACUUCACUGAGAUGACGCGGGCCCUUGGCUACCCACGCUUGAUCUCAAUGGAGAAUUUCCGCACUCCCAACUUCCCCCUCGUGGCAGAGAUCCUCAUCUGGCUGGUGAAGAGGUAUGAGCCUCAAAUGGACAUUCCAAGUGACAUAGAUACGGAGUCGGACCGUGUAUUCUUCAUCAAAGCUGUGGCCCAGUUCAUGGCCUCACAGGCCCACAUUAAGGUGAACACCAAGCGGCUGUACCAGGCGGAUGGUUACGCGGUGCGCGAGCUCCUCAAGAUGACGUCACUACUCUACGGUGCCAUGAAGACCAAUCAGAACUCUGCAGGGGAUCAGCAGCACGACGACAGCGCCAAGUUCAAGUUCGACCUCGGGGCAAAGAUUGCAGACUUGAAGGCUGCACGGCAGCUUGGCUCAGAGAUCACCGCCAAAGGCGCAGGCCUGUAUGACCUGCUGGGCAGAGAAGAGGACCUGAGAGAGAACAGAAUGCUGGCUAUCGCCCGGCCACUUGAGAUUAAUGACACAGAGAAAGCACUCAGGGCAGCCAUCAAAGACGUCAUGGAGAAUGUUCAGCGGACGAAGGAGCUGUUGAACAACGUGGCCUCGGAUGAGCAAAGUCUGGAUGUCAAAAUAGAGAAGAAGAAGCAGGAGCUCGAGAGAAACCAAAAACGCCUUCAAACACUACAGAGUGUACGGCCUGCCUUCAUGGAUGAGUAUGAGAAGAUCGAGGAGGAUCUGCAGAAGCAGUACGAGACGUACGUGGAGAAGUUCCGCAACCUCAGCUUCCUGGAGCAUCAGCUGGAGGACUACCACCGCCUGGAGCAGGAGCGCUUUGAGGAAACGGAAAAUGCCAUCCGGAUGAUGCAGACAAAACUGCGAGAGGAGGAGAGGAGACUAAUGAGGAGUGGAGCCCGUGAAGAGGAAUCUGACAUGGAAAUCCCAGAGGACGAAGGCUCAGACAGUGAAACAGAUGAGAACAGACCAUCCAAACCUCGGCCCAUACGACAAGCACCGCUAGCAGCCAGAGCAGGUACACGUGUCACUGGGACCAUGCAGGGAGGGGAGAACGAGGAAUCAGAGGACAGCGAGAUUGGUGUGGACGAUGACGAUGAUGACGACGAAGAAGAAGAAGACGACGACGAUGAAGAUGACGAGGAAGAGGAGGAGGAGGAAGGUGACGAGUUCGCGGGGGCAGAUCUUGACGAAGAUGUCAGCCUGGAGCCCAAAAGACCCACCAGGGGUGGAAUGAGACCGCCGGUACAGGAAGAGAGUGACAAUGACUUUUAGCCCCGCCCUCUCUUCCUCCCUCUGUCUGUCUCUCUUUCUUUCUCUUUCUUAGUCUACUCUAAUCCAGCCCACUGGACACGUGUAACAGGAGAACAAAUACAAAGACUUUACAAAGACCAUACAACUACACACAUUUCACUCCAACCUGGGAUCUAAAGGGCAUGACAUGCAGUACACACACACACACACCACACACACACACACACACACACACACACACACACACACACACAAAUACAAGGAAAUUAAGCUUGACACCUAUUGUCAGUGACUCGGUAUACACCCACACACUCUCAAAUUUAGGUUUAUAUUUAGUCAAAAGAGACCAAUGCCUUCUAACACAUACACACACACACACACACACACACACACACACACACGCCCAGCUUGUCUCAAACCUCUGCAACAGGAUGACUCACUCCUCUCCCAUGACAACAUUAUUCACACCACAACCUACCACGUCAAAAUAGUGCCUAAUUAGGCCACACCAACACAGGGUCAACAGUAAUGACACGCCGUGCUGCGCACACGCCCCCACAUAGACACGCGUCAGUGCAGUCCUUAACACCACACCCACAGCUCCACAGCACCGUAUGGGCUUCUGGUCCUGGUUCAGUCCAAAUGAGUGGCACUUGUGUUUUAUUCAAAGGAAGUGCUCUCUGUGUGUGUGUGUGUGUGUGUGUGUGUGUCUGUGUGUGUGUCUGUGUGUGUGUGUGCGCGCGUGUGUGAAGGGGAGUUUCUUAUACAGUCCGGUUGCCUCUCUGUUAUAUAAUAAUAGAACACUAAUAAAGAAGUUAUGUUUCUAA